GACCCCACUGGCAGCCACACACUGCACUCACACAGCACAUCCACGCGGACAUGUCAGUCAAUAAAAUCUUCAGGUUGAACCAGUUCCAAAGGAUGCGCGCAUGCAGCCUGCAGCUUCUCUCUAAUAAAGGAUUCUGAUUCUCUGCACCGCGUGCACUGCGCUGCUUCUCGUCGGUCAGCAUGGCACUCAACAUCCCGGGACUCAUCGCCACCAUCGUCUUCUACCUGCUGGUGCUCGGGAUCGGCAUCUGGGCCUCCAUCAAAUCCAAAAGAGAUGGAAGCAGGACGCAGGCAAAUCAUGCAGACAUGGCCCUGCUGGGGAACAGAGACAUCAGCCUGGUAAUGGGAAUCUUCACCACAACCGCUACCUGGGUUGGCGGGACCUUCAUCAUCGGCACAGCUGAGACCGUGUAUGAUCCGAAGUUGGGGCUGAUCUGGGCCGUGAUGCCGUUGGCGGCUUCUUUGGCCUUCAUUGUUGGUGGUCUUUUCUUCGCUGAGCCGAUGAGAGACAGGAAGUACGUGACCAUGAUGGACCCUUUCCAGAUCAAGUACGGAAACAGACUGACUGGACUUCUGUCUGUGGCGCCGCUGAUGUCGGAGAUUAUUUGGGUGACAUCCACUCUGAUAAGCUUGGGAGUAACCAUGAGUGUGAUCCUGGAUUUGUCCUACGCUGUGUGCAUCUGGAUCUCUGCUGCGGUGGCCAUCACCUACACCCUGCUGGGAGGUCUCUACUCUGUGGCCUACACAGACGUCAUACAGCUCACUCUCAUUUUUGUCACCUCGUGGGUGUGCGUCCCAUUCCUCCUCAUGAGCCCCACCUCCGUUGACAUCACCACCACGUCUUUCAACCACACCUUCCAGUCUCCAUGGGUCGGCUCUCUGACUGCAGACAGAGCCUGGAAGUGGCUCGAUAUCUUCUUGCUGCUGAGUAUAGGAGAUCUCGGUUUCCAGGACUUCCACCAGAGGACCUUAUCGGCCUCUUCCUCAGCCACAGCUAAGCUGCGAUGCUACGCUGCAGCAUUUCUCAUACCCACGUUUGGGAUUCCUCCUGUGCUUAUUGGGGCAGUGGCUGCAUCAACGGACUGGAACCUGACUUCGUACGGCUCUCCGUCUCCGUUUGAACGAGGUCAGACGGGUUUGAUUUUACCGCUCUCCCUGCAGCACCUAACCCCGCCCUACAUCUCCGUUGUGGGCAUCGGAGCUGUGGCUGCUGCCGUAAUGUCAUCAACUGAUUCUGCCCUGCUGUCUGCAGCCUCCAUCUUCUCCUCAAACAUCUACACCAAGAUCCUGAGGACCAAGGCAUCAGAGAACGAGAUCCGGUGGGUGAUUCGUAUGUCGGUGGUCGUCUUCGGUCUGGCCGGUACGUCGCUCACCUUCCUGCACACAGGUGUCAUGGCUUUCUGGGUCCUGGGUGGAGAGAUCGCCUACAUCAUGAUGUUCCCGCAGCUGGUCUGCGUGCUUUUCUUCAACAUAUCCAACGGUUACGGUGCCGCUGUGGGCUUCCUGGCUGGGUUUCUUUUAAGACUUUUGAGUGGAGAGCCCUUGGUCGGGCUCCCACCUGCCAUCCAUUUCCCAGGAUGCACCCUUGAAGACGGUGUUUACGUUCAGUAUUCCCCCAUCAGGACCCUCUGUAUGCUGGUUGCCUUUGCAACCAUAUUGCUGGUGUCCUACCUGGCAGCGCUGCUCUUCAACAAAGGACUCAUAUCUGAGAAGUGGGACGUGUUUCAAGUUAAAGUGUUGCCCCCGCCCCAAACACCCAAACCAGCAGAUGGUGCCAGCAGCAAUGAAAACCACAACUCAAAACCUCUGUGUGAGGACGAUGCAGUCUCAGAUCCAAUGUUGGAUUCAAAAUGUUGAAAUUCAC